UCAACGUGCGUGAAUCCAGUCCAUGCUCAAGGAUUCUUCAGUGCUUUAAUUCGUUUGCUUUUUGACAGCGGUGCCAGGGUGAAAAUCGUCGUUUUUUGAAAUGAGUGUAUCCACCGCACACUUUUUACUUUUCAUGAUGGCUUUCGUAAGGGGAACAAGAGUUCAGCAUCUGUCAUGCAAGGACCCCGUGACCUCCACUGAAAUCGAGUACAGUCCCAUCACCCACGUAUGCUGUGAUGGUCACGUACACGAUGCAAGCGACGGCAUUGGUCAAAACUGCUGCGGGAAACAGUUAUACGACAAUUUGUCAUCUAGUUGCUGUGGGCAGGAAGUUCUGUCGGUGUCUGGUCAGCGACAGUGUUGCGGCGGCGACAUCCCCUAUGACGUCACAACCCAGAUGUGCUGUGGCAGUAAAGUGUACACUAUGACAGACGACUUGACCACAUGCUGCGGGGGACAUGCUAUGGAUGCAGCCCAUGAUACAUGCUGCUCAGUUACCGACUCCAUGGGAAUGUCUCUGGUACCUAGGAAGGGCAAAGGUCAAUGCUGUGGCUCUGAUUUGACCUUUGACCCUGUGAUUCAAAGGUGUUGUCAAUCAGGUGAUGGAAUACUCAGUGAGGUUGUAUCAAGAAACAGUAGAAUGGCUUGCUGUGGUGGACAAUCCUAUGACACGUCACACCAACUCUGUUGUGGUGAAACGGUAUCUAACAGGACAUCUGAAAGAAUGGAGUGCUGUGGAACUGUAACUUAUGACCCCAACACAGAGUUCUGCUGUGCUGAUGCAGUUUCUCUUAUCGGUAAUGGAAAAUGUUGCGAUGGUCAGGUGUACCAUGCUAACAGAGCAUCAUGUUGCCUUGGCAUCCUUCAGGAUGGAAUACCGGAGGUUAGCGGAGUUCAGGGAUGCUGCGGACAGCUCUCAUACCUGCAAACAGAAUCAAUAUGUUGUCAGGGUCGACUGCAUCCAAAGACCGAAGCAAUGCAGUGUUGUGGCCAAGAUGCUUUCAACAGUAACACUCACCUGUGUUGUGCCGGUACCCUCCAUGGUAAAUCAACCCCAAGUGACGUUUGCUGUGGGGACAGGCCUUACGAUCCCAUCACACAAACUUGCUGCCCCAUUAAUGGUCGACAUGGCGAGGAAGUGUUCCCAGUCGAGGGUGGACAGUGUUGCCGAGAUAAGGAAACGGGCAUGUUGGCGUAUAAUCCGAGCAAGGCAACCUGUUGUGUAGGAAGAUCAAAUGAUGUAUUCUACCCUGAUGUUCCAGCGAAUACAAGCUCUUGUUGUGGACGAUAUCUUCUUCAAGACACACAUCUGUGUGAUAUAAACGCUAACCGUCCUGUGAAGAAGACAUCUUUAACGGAUGAUCGGCUCUGCUUGAGCAGGAACUGGCGUCGAACAAGGAGCUAUAAUUCCCAAACGCAGGUUUGUUUUCAUGGGAUGGUGAGAUCAAAGAACCGGAUCAGCAAUGGCUGCGGACCUCACAUCCUAGACCCUCUGACUGAGAUGUGCUGUAUGGGCACCAUUCAUUCCCUUCAAGACAAGAAUGGCAACCAAAAGAUGUGCUGUCAUCGAAGCACACGGUCAUACGUACCAAGAUACCAGAGUUGCUGUAGUGGGAGAGUGGACAACAUACCUGCCCUUACAGCAAAAUGCUGUAGAAACAGAGCCUACGAUACAACCACCCACACCUGCGAUAAAAAUGGAAUCAUCCGUUCGGUCUCGGAGAUGGCGCUGUUUCCACUCCUGUGUGGGAACCAACCCUACAACCCGUCCGACCACAAGUGCUGUGGGCUGAUCCUGAUUGGUCCUCACCAGACAUGCUGCCGAGGGGUGGUGUACGAAACGGGUGUCAACAAAUUUGGGGCAGGGGAGUGCUGUGAUGGGGUCAGAGGUUACAACCCAGAGCGAGACAUUUGCUGUGGGGGUGUUCUUCAUGAACGAGUUGCUAAAGGGACGACUUGUUGUGGCACAACUUUAAUAGAGCAGGCUGAUUUAAGUGUCAUUUGCUGUGAUGGAAGUCUCCAAUUAUCUUUAGGGGGUUUCAGGAGAGACUGCAAUGGAGGGACAGCAUUUAACCAACUGGCAGAAACCGUAUGUGAUGGAGUUGUCUACCCGCAGCCAAAUGGUGACUGCUGUGGCAAAUCCCUGUACAACAGCACCGGUGAAAUCUGCUGCAGCGGAGUUAUAUAUCCUAAAGAGACACCAGAUUUCAUGUGCUGUGGAUCGACGCCAUACGACUCCAUGGCUUCAGACCAGCAAUGCUGUGAGGAUACCCUGCAUAACAACCCAACUGGGUCAAUGAGUUGCUGUGGAAACCAACAAUACAAUCCUCAACGCCAUCUUUGCUGCUCGGAGAACGAUCCCACCAGGAUCCCGGCCUUCUUACUAGAGGCUUCCGUGAGUAGAACUUGCCGGAGUUUACAGUCCGCCGACGAUGACUCAACAAUAAUGUAUACUCUAUGUGAUGGGAGAAUGCAUCUACCAUCUGCUACCGGGGCGUGUUGCGGGGAGUUGUACAUAGACACUGAGACAUCGGUGUGCUGUGGGGGUCUAGUCAGAAUGAAAUUGUACGGAAAGAACUCGGUGUGCUGCAAGGGAAUCGUUGAAGAUGCCUCAGUGACACUGUGUUAAAGAUUGUUAUGGAUUUUAGACAAAGGUACUUCAAGUACAGACUCAAAGAAAACAUUAUUUACACUAACUGUAAAUAAUAAUUGCUGGUUGAAAACCUGGAAGUAAACAUUUUUAUUUAUUACUAGGUAACAAAUACCACAAUUGUAUCUUUGUGUUGCUAUUUACCACGUAUUCAAUACUUUUCAGUUUUAUUGCUUUAGUAGAUAUUUGUAUGUAACUCACAAUAUUGAGUAAGGAGGAAAGGUCAAAAUGAAUUUUCGUUUUUGGACAAUCAAAUUUUAAAAAGAAACUUGUUGACAAAACUUGAACACAUGAUUUGAACCCAAAAUAUAUUUUUAUACUUAAAUACACUGUGGUGGGAGUGAAGAGUUAUUCUCACCAAAAUACCUGCCCCUUUACUGUCAUAUUUAUUUCCAUACACUUUUCAAAAGUUACAACAGACAAAACAUAUUAUUUUUUAAUGUACAUUGCACAAGACAAAAUGAACAAGCACAAAUAUGAAGUGGGCAAAGGUCGAGGAGGAAACAUUGCUUUUUGCCCCUAAAACCCAAAGGUUUCAAUCUCCCCAUCAACAGAACAAUCCAACAAACUGGUGAUUAAAAAUAGACCAACUAAAAUCAAAGAACGAAACAAACAAAAAUUUGCAAGUUUCCAUUUCCUGCUAUAUCAAAUGUACAACAAUUAACAUUAUCAAAACAUGGCCCUCCGAAUCUCCUGCAGUAUUCAAAGAUGGUACAUAUUUCAGGACAGUCCCCAAGUUCCACCAGCAAAACAUUUCUUUUGUGUAAAUGAGGAAAAGGUGUGUUCAUUCCUCGCUUUAAUUUUGCAAGUACAGGUAUUGCUUCCUUAAGGAAUGAUAGCAUUAAGAAUGCUUUCGCAACAAAUUAUCACAAUUGCAGCACUUGGGGAAAAAUAAAUGUUCCCAUUCUGUGAUUUAUCUCUUACUGUUUUUCCGUUUUCUUUUGUUGCUUUAAUCGAAACACUUUCAAAUCAAAAUACAUAUUUAUGCCUAGCCCAUUAUGUACUACGUUGAUUUGUCACUAUUUUGUGCUUAAGCUGGUGUUUUGGGGGGUAAAUUUAUGAGUUAUGGCUGUGAAUAGUUUUUGUGUGAAUAGAUUUUUUGUAGGAAAGAAAUGAUAUUGACUUCCCCUUCAUAGGGAAUAAUAAAGUUGGUUGGAUUUGCAGUGCAUCUGGAAUUUUUAUUUAAAGAAGCAUGUGUAAUGGUGCUUAAAAGGUACAAAUAGAAAGAAUUGUUUCGUGUGUGAAUAGUUUUUCGUUGUAGGAAGUUGGUUGGAAUUGCAGUGGCAUUUGAAUUUUUUUCCUUUAAAAUUAGUUGUGAGUAUAAAAUAUAAGGAUUCUUAAAAGGUACACAAUUUUAAAUUGUUUAGAAAGAAUAUUUUUGUGUAUGAAUAGUUUUUUGUUCAGGGAAAAAUCAAAUGUCGAAUCAAGUUGAAUGGUUGGAAUUGCAGCGGCAUCUGGAAUGUUUUCUUUUAAUUUAAGAAGUGAGUGUAAUGAUGCUUCAAAGGAACAGUACAUUUCAAAUUCUUCAAAUAUUUGUGUGUGUGUGAAUAUUUGUUUGUAGGAAUGAAAGGAUAGUGACUUUCCUCUAUGGUACCAAACAAUCAAUUCGCUUGGAAUUGCAGUGUAUCUGGAAUUUUUUUCAUUUUAGUUUUAGAAGUGAGUGUAAUAGUGCGUAUAGGUACAAAUUUUUCAGUGUUCAGAAUGUAAAAAAUUCCCAACACAGGAGUUAUGUCGUAGUAGGCAUAUAAAUUAUGCCAUAUUGUUGUACAGUCAUUCAUUGGAGUCACAUGGUUGAUGAGAGACCCGGCCUGCACCCUGCAUCAAAUCCAAUCACUUGUCGAUUAUCACUUUAUUGGACAUUGACCAUUGCCCAAUUUCACAGAGCUGCUUAAGAUAACAGUGCCAACAAAUUCAUGUUAAGCAAAUAUUGGCAGGAUACCAGUUGUGAAUGGUAAAUAAAAUGUAAUAGUUUGGCUGGUGACCUUUUCUGGUAAGCACACCUGCUUUGCACUUAGCAGUUUCUGUGCUUAAGCAGCUAGGAAAUGUGGGCUUGUUGAUUGAUUAUUGAGUUGAAUUAACAAAUUUGUAAGCAGCAAAAGCCCAGUGAAUUGUCAUUCAUAUUGUAGGCCUAUGCUACUAUUAUUAGAUCUGAGUAGUCAUAAUUAAAUGAUUUAAUGUUAGCACAACUGUGCUAUAUUGGAACCAAUACUUUCGAUAAGACAAGGAAACGUCACAAGCAGAGAAUCAAAGCUUCAGAUUACACCCUGAUUCUUAUUGCAUAAACUCUUUAACUGGUUGAUGCCAAUUACAGCAAUAACACUAAUAGCACACAUCAAUAAACGUCAUCCCAAUGUUUUGUUAUUGUUUCAGUCUCACCUGUUAAAAGUAAUAUUUUUAGUAGCUAAGAAAAAGGCAAAAGUGAAAUUUAUUUUUGAUAAUCGCAGUUAUGUAUUUAUUAAGGCUUGUGUAGGUUAAAUAUUUAAAAGGGUAGGCCUAUUUUGUGUACACUUUGAUUCAAUAAUUAUUAGUAAGUAUGAAAUACCACAGUAAUUGAUCGCAUUUCUGACCAUUAGGGCGCUUUCAACAGAAACGUUCCGAGCAUCACAAUCUACAGUUUUAUCAUAUUUUGACUGUCUGUACAGUAUGUAAUUUUCUUAAAUUAAAUGAAAAAGAGAGUUUAUUUUACCCGUCGCAUUGCGCAAAUGUAGUUCACACACGCCCUCACAUGGUCGAAAAUACUUAAACUAUGUUCAUGGUUCCAAAGGAAUCGUAUACUGUAGCUCUGUAGAGCCAUAAGUCCACGGUAGGAUUUAUACAUUUUCUGAGUCCACUUUGUAAUGUGCUUUCUAUUUCCUCAAAAUGUACUGAAAUAAAAUUUGGUUUUUGUG